CAGUCCGUGACUUGCGAGUUAGGACGAGAGAAAAGAAAAAGAAACGAAGGGAAAAGAAAAUAAGAAAGAUACACACACAAGAACUGGAAAAGAAAAGAGCUACAGAUUUAGAGAAAAAAAAUGACUCUGGGUCUGAUCAAUGCGAACCCUGUGGUUCAUGCCAAGAAGGAAAGGAUCGCUCGCACUGAAGAUCUUCACUGCGAAGAUGCCGUGGAUCCACUCGAAAUUUAUGAUUUUGUGAGGGAUAUAAGAGAUCCAGAGCAUCCAUAUUCACUAGAACAGCUCAGUGUUCUGUCAGAGGAAUCGAUCACUGUUGAUGACAAACUCGGCCGUAUUCUGAUUACUUUUACUCCAACCAUUCAACAUUGCAGCAUGGCAACAGUUAUUGGUCUUUGCCUUAGAGUAAAGUUGCAAGAAUGUUUCCCUCCUCAUUAUAAGGUUGACAUUAAAGUUGCUCCUGGAUCUCAUGCUGAUGAAGAAUCAGUUAAUAAGCAAUUAAAUGAUAAAGAAAGAGUUGCUGCUGCCCUGGAGAAUCCCAAUCUGCGCCAGCUUGUGGAUGAAUGUCUUUACUCUAAUGAACUUUAACCUAGUACACUCGCUCCCCCUUUUAGCAGCUGUAUAUGGAAUUUAAGUUUAUGGUUGUAUGCUAUUAUAGUGUUGCAAUAUAAAUUUCAUCAAACUGAGUUUAAUUUAUCCUAUCUUUGUACAAGUGUAUGCUCGUUGAUGUAGAUGCUUUUAUGAUUUGCAAUCUCAAUUGGGUAGGAAAAUAUGGAUUUUGCA